UCAGAGGAGAGGGGCCUCAUAAGCUGUGGCCUCCCUGCGGCUGCAGGGGGACCAGGUGGACGGGAGCGCGCAGGACCGAGGGACGCUGCCGUGGGACGGGAGCAGGUUGGUGACGCCUCAGGGCCGGGGGGAGACAGAGGGGCCACGGGAUGUGCCCAGGUCUGUGAUGUGGGGAUGACGACCUUCCAGAGAGACGGGGGAGAGCGGAACUCCUCGAGGGCGUGGCAGGACCGGGUGCACAGGGCUGGGGCGGGGAUGCGGCUGGCCCGCCUAGGGUCACGGGCGGAGGAGAGCAGGCUCCGUAGAGCGGUCCUGUUCACAGCCUUGAGCUCUGCGGGGAGGGGGUGGGCCUGGGGGUCCCACGUAACCCAUGCAUCGCCUUCUAGACUCCACAGCCCCGAGGACCCCCGUGAGCUCCACCACCCUGGGUGUGGCUGGGCUGGGGAGGCCGGCGGCCUGAGGUUCCUCACUGUGUUCCCCUCCGCUCUGUCAGUGGAGGCCCCGAGGCAGCCCCCAGCACCGAACCCCACCUUCGGGACGUCCCCUGCCUCACUGAGAGGCCGGCUCUGGGGUCUGGAGGCUGGCGUCCUGGGCGGCCGGUCCUCAGCCAGGACAUCCCCUCGUGAGGCAGGUGGGGGACAGCACAGCUGGGGUCCUGGUCCCAGCUCCAACCCGCUCGCUGCUCAGGGCUGUGGGCGGGGCCGCCCCCCACCUGGCCUCGGUUUCCUCCCCAGGCCCCUCGGCGCUGGCAGUGGCCGCCCCAGUCUGGUCUAACAGCGGUGACCGGAGUGGCGGCCGCGCCGGCCUGUGGAGAGCACCCUGAGGGCGGGGUGCGGAGGCUGGGGAGGGCAGGCGGAGGGCCGCUGACCUCCUGAUGCAGGAAGCAGCCCCAGGCCUGUGGGACGCUGGCCCCCGUGGACUGGAGGACGGGUGGCUGGAGGCCUCCGGCGUGGGCUCCGUCCCCGGCCCACACGGGCACAGACGAAGCGGCUCUGGCUUCGCGUCAGGAGGGGACAGAGGGACGGACAGACAGAUGGCUGGCCUCUCCUCCCCCCGCAGGCCACACGGCAUGAGCGUCCACGUGCGCCCCCACCUCGGGGUCAGCCUCUGGCUGUGGCUGGGCCUCACCCUGGGACUCGGCCAGGGACCAGCGAGCGGCCGCCUGAGGCUGGUGGUGCUGCCCGAGGACCGGCUGCAGAUGAGGUGGAGGGAGUCGGAGGGGAGCAGCCUUGGCUACCUGGUGCAGGUGAAGCCCAGGGCAGGGGACCUGGAACAGGAGGUGAUGCUGAUUUCCAAGACCCCCAAGGCCACUGUGGGGGGCCUGAGCCCCUCCAAGGGGUACACCUUGCAGAUCUUCGAGCUCACCGACUCAGGGAACGUCCUGCUGGCUCGGAGGGAGUUUAUGAUUGAGGAUUUGAAGAGGAACUCCAUGAGCAGGAGCGGGCAGAGGCCACUGGGGGCAGCCCUGGAGCCCACCCCUUCCCACGUGGGGAGGCCAGACCUUGAGCCGCCAGUGGCUUUGGCACCAAGCCAAGACCCGCCCACACUUGCUGGACCCCAGUUCCGCUGCAUGCCCCCCACGCCCGCGGACAUGGUCUUCCUUGUGGACGGGUCCUGGAGUAUCGGCCGCGGUCACUUCCAGCAGGUCAAGGAAUUCCUGGCCAGCAUCAUCGAGCCCUUUGAAAUCGGGCCAGACAAAGUCCAAGUAGGCCUGACUCAGUACAGCGGAACCCCCCAGACAGAGUGGGACCUGAGUGCCUUCGGCACCAAGGAGGAGGUGCUGGCAGCUGUGCGUGGCCUCCACUACAGAGGGAGAAACACAUUCACAGGCCUGGCCCUGACCCACGUGCUGGAGCAGAACCUGAAGCCCGAAGCGGGUCUGCGUCCGGAGGCGGCCAAGCUGGUGGUUCUGGUGACGGACGGCAAGUCCCAGGAUGACGCCCGCGCCGCUGGCCACGCGCUCAGGGAUCUGGGGGUCACUGUCUUUGCUGUGGGUGUGAAGAACGCGGAUGGGGCCGAGCUGGGGCUGCUGGCCUCCCAGCCGCGGGACAUCCCCGUCCACAGCGUGCAGGACGUCCCCCAGCUCGGCGCGCUGGCCGGCCUGCUCAGCCGCCUCGUCUGCCAGGCGGUCCAGGGCAGGAGCCCACGUGGGGGCCCAGCAGCCGCUCCGGCCCUGGACGCCCUUUCUGCUGCCAGCAGCCUGGUCCCGACCCAGGUGACCUCCUCCAGCGUCCGCCUGUCCUGGACCCCGGUCCUGCAGCCACCCCUCACGUACCUGGUUGUGUGGCGGCCUUCCCAGGGCGGCACCCCCAGGGAGGCGGCGGUGGAGGGGCUCACCUCGUCCGCAGAGCUGCACAACCUGACCUCCAGCACGGAGUACCUGGUCUCCGUGUUCCCUGUCUACAAGGCCGGGGUCGGCGAGGGCCUGCAGGGCCUGGCGACCACAGCACCCCUGCCCCCACCCCGGGAGCUGACCCUGGCCGCAGUGACGCCCAGAACCAUCCGCCUCACGUGGCAGCCCUCGGCAGGGGCCACCCGGUACCUGGUGCGGUGCUCGCCCGCCGCCCCCAAGGGCGAGGAGGAGGGGAGAGAGGUGCGGGUGGGGCAGCCAGAGGUGCUGCUGGACGGGCUGGCCCCGAGCAGGGACUACGACGUGUCGGUGCAGAGCCUGCGAGGUGCAGAGGCCGGCGAGGCCCAGGGCAUCCGCGCCAGGACCCCUGCCCUGGCCGCCCCCCGGCACCUGAGCUUCUCGGAUGUGAGCCACAACUCAGCCCGCGUGUCCUGGGAGGGCCCCUCGAGGCCUGUGCGCCUGUUCAGGGUCAGCUACGUCUCCAGCGGGGGCGGCCACUCGGGACAGACGGAGGCUCCUGGGAACGCCACCUGGGCCACUCUAGGCCCCCUCUGCUCCUCCACCACCUACGCGGUCCGCGUCACCUGCCUGCACCCUGGAGGCCACUCCUCCACCCUGACUGGCCGCCUGACCACCCGGCAAGUCCCCAGCCCGAGCCGACUGUCGGUGACGGAGCUGCCUGGGGACGAAGUCCGGCUGGAGUGGGUGGCCGCAGCGGCGUCCGGCGUGCUUGUCUACCAGAUCACGUGCACACCCCUGGGAGAGGGGAAGGCCCGUGAGGUCUCCGUCCCGGGGAACCUGGGCGUGGCCAUCCUGCCGGGCCUGGGGAGGCACUUGGAGUAUGAGAUCACCAUCCUGGCCUACUACAGGAACGGGGCCCGCAGCAGCCCGGUGUCCCUCCACUACACCCCCUCCGCAGUCAGCCGGAGCCCGCCCUCCAACCUGGCCCUGGCCUCGGAGUCGCCUGACAGCCUGCGGGUCAGCUGGACGCCCCCGAGCGGCCACGUCCUCCACUACCGGCUCUCCUACGCACCGGCCUCGGGCUCAGGACCCGAGACGUCGAUCUCCGUGCCAGGACCCAGGAGCCAUGUGACUCUCCCUGCCCUGCUGGCGGCCACCAAGUACCGGGUCCUGGUCUCAGCUGUGUAUGGAGCCGGGGAGAGCGUGGCAGUGUCUGCCACGGGCUGGACGGCCUGCCCGGCCCUCCACCCGGACAGCUCCCUCCCAGGCUUUGACCUGAUGGCGGCCUUCGGGCUGGUGGAGAAGGGACACACCUCCAUCCGCGGCGUGGCCAUGGAGCCCUCGGCCUUUGGCCCCACCAGGACCUUCACACUCUUCAAGGAUGCUCCGCUGACCCGCCGGGCCAGCGACAUCCACCUGGCCACCCUCCCCACGGAACACACGGUGGUCUUCCUCCUGCGCCUGCUCCCCGAGACGCCCCGCGAGGCCUUUGCGCUGUGGCAGGUGGCGGCCGAGGACUUGCAGCCCGUCCUGGGGGUCCUGCUGGAUGCGGGCAGAAAGCCGCUGACCUACUUCAACCGCGACCCCAGGGCCCCCUUGCAGGAGGCCACCUUCGACCUGCCCGAAGUGAGGAAGAUAUUCUUUGGGAGCUUCCACAAGGUGCACGUGGCCGUGGGCCGCUCCAAGGUCAGGCUCUACGUGGACUGCCGGAAGGUGGCCGAGAGGCCCGCUGGGGAGGCCGGCAGCCUGCCUGCCGCCGGCUUCGUCAUGCUGGGGAGGCUGGCCAAGGCUCGGGGCCCCCGGAGCAGCUCGGCCUCGUUCCAGCUCCGGACGCUGCAGAUCCUGUGUGGUGACUCCUGGGCGGAGAAGGACAGGUGCUGCGAGCUCCCAGCAUCGAAGGACGCAGAGACCUGCCCCGCCUUCCCUUCUGCCUGUGUGUGUUCCUCGCAGAACCCCGGGCCCCCGGGCCCCCAAGGACCUCCGGGCCCCCCCGGGAGGAACGGAGCCCCAGGAGGGCAGGGCUUCCCGGGGCCCAGGGGUCCGCCAGGGGUCAAAGGAGAGAAGGGGGACCGUGGACUCCCAGGCUUGCAGGGCCUCCCCGGCCUCCAGGGCACCCCCGGGAAGGCUGGCGUCCAGGGACCAAAGGGACUGAGAGGCCUGGAGGGGACUGCUGGCCCGCCUGGACCUCCUGGCCCUAGGGGCUUCCGGGGCACGGCAGGGACCAGGGGCAGCCAUGGGGAGCGGGGGCCUCCGGGGGCCGUGGGGCCCACGGGGCUGCCCGGGCCCAAGGGCGAGCGCGGAGAGAAGGGCGAGCCACCGUCCCUGGCCACCAUCUACCAGCUUGUGGGCCAGGCCUCGCACGUGCUGAAGCACCACGCCUGCACCCGCGACAGCACCCGGCCCCCCAUGCCCGUCUUGGAGGCCCCCAGGGCCCUCGGCACGCACAGCGAGGCCCGGGUCCCUGGAGGAGGGGGGCACGGCGGCCCCCGCCCUGAGGACAGAGGGCGCCCACCCCCGUCCCCACCUCCCACUAAACCCCCGACUCUGAGACGCGGAUUCGUUCCUGUCUGA